UCGACGCGAAUAAUAAUUACGCUUUGAACGGGGGUGAAAGGAUCGUUGAUUGAUCGAGCCAAAGAGGCGGGAUCGUGAGAUCAUGCGCGGCAACAGCGAAGCAAUUUUCUUCUUCUUCGUCGCGGUCAAUCAUUUGAGUGCAGCGGAAGGUUGGUCAAGAUCGGUGAACAGGGCGGGCAGGGAGAGCAAGCUGGGUGACACCUGCGAGAAGGACGACGAGUGCGAUUCGAGCAUCGUCGCUAGUCACUGUCAUCGCGGAUACUGUCGGUGUUUGCCGUAUUUCGCCGCUUACAAUGGAACCCACUGCCUCGAGGCGGCUCUUCUGCGUCAGGAGUGUAUGGUCGACGAACAGUGUUCCUUGAAAGUUGCCAACAGCGAGUGCCUGGACGGUCUUUGCUCUUGCAAGGAGGGUUUCUUGCAAUUUCGUCGACACACCUGCCUGGGUCGUAAGUACCGUGGUGCACCGUUGCAUCGUUGCACCGGAAGCACCGCGAUAAUCCUUCCUAACGUUUCAGCGGCGAAGCUCGGUCAGGUUUGCUACGAGCACGCUCACUGUCGACUAUGGGACGAGAAUUCGCACUGCGACUUUUUGAUUCCCGACUUGUUCGGCCGGUGUCAAUGCACGGCGCCGAUGCGUCGUGAGAAGGAGGUUUGCAGGCCGGACGAUCUCGUCAGACCGCCACCGUUGCUCGAUCGACAGCCGAAUUCGAGUACCACAGAAACGAGCAACCAGAUCGAUCAGGAUCGAGAAGAGGAUACAGGCGUUCAAAUGACAUGGUUGAAGAAUGGUACGACGCACGCCCCCGCGAUACCGAUCAUCGGACCUACGUUGAUCGUCACGAACCCUACGACAACGCUCCCCAACGAUCGCGACGAACAGAAACCCGAGGACGAUGAUGACGAUGACGAGGACGACGAUUCCGUUGUCGUCGAGGCUAUCACCGAGAGCACGACGACGUUGCGCUCUUCCGUUGGGACAUCAGUACCCGUGAAAGCGGAUCGGCACGAAACGAGACCGGUAACGGCGGUUAGCUUGGGCCUGGACUGCAUUUCGGACGCUGAGUGUCGGCUGGCGGACCCUUAUUCCAGAUGCAUCGAGGGCCUGUGCGAGUGCGGUUUCGUAGGGAACGGCAGUUGCAGCGCUAGCAAGCCUGGAUGCACGCCCGGUACCUUCCAGUGCAGAAGUUCCGGGAUAUGCAUCAGCUGGUUCUUCGUGUGCGACGGUAGGCCCGAUUGCAUCGACGGCUCGGACGAACGUUGCUCCGACCCCGAGGGAAACUGUCCCGCGGAAGCGUUCAGAUGCGAGCAGAGCAAUAGCUGCGUGUCCAGGGCGGUGGUGUGCGACGGGAAACGCGACUGUCCGCACGGCGAGGACGAAGCUGGCUGCAACGAUAGACGAAAGUGCCCGAACGGAGCGUUCAGGUGCAACAACGGUCAAUGUCUACCGGCGUACGAGUUCUGCAACGCGGUGGUAUCCUGUCGCGACGGAAGCGACGAGCCUAGAGGAGCCUGCCGAACGCGGAACCGCGGCCGGAUCGGGCCCAGGCAUUGUCCUUUCAGAUGCGACAACGGAAGAUGUCGUUCGGACGCGAUCGCGUGCAGCGGUCGCGACGGCUGCGGCGACGGUUCCGACGAGGCACGCUGCUCCGUUUGCCGAUGUUCGACGUUUCCUUAACUGGCUCUGGAAGGGGUCUCCGGUGAACGAAUUUAUCGACGACGGACGUCGAUCUCAAGAACGUGACAAGAGAUUGGAGAACUGGAAAGCGAGAGCGAUCGGUCGCGAAACGGCCACGUCUUUCUUCGCUUUGAUUCCCUGUGUAUCGUCUCUUAACGAAGUUUCAUACGAAUAAACAAAGUACUCGCGGAA